UCACUGCCCCCACGUGUUCUCCGCUAUCUAGCGGCGCGGCGCUCUCUCGGUACUGACCCUCGGAGCUCGGACUCUACCUGCACUGCAGCCCUUCAUCCCGGUACCAGUGUCAGAUGCGAGAUCCCGUGGCUAAGUGCUGGGAUUAAAGGUAAGAAAUCCAAUCUCACUGAGGACAAGCAGAAGGCCGGGCGCUUGCUUUUCCAGAGCAGAAAGGAAACUGAUGCAUCAGAAAAGGUGACUAAUAAACAUACUGAAAGAAUAUGGCUGCACAGAUACCAGAAUCUGACCAGAUAAAACAGUUUAAGGAGUUCCUGGGAACCUACAAUAAACUUACAGAAACCUGCUUUUUGGACUGUGUUAAAGACUUCACAACAAGAGAGGUGAAACCUGAAGAGGUUACCUGUUCAGAACAUUGCUUACAGAAAUAUUUAAAAAUGACACAGAGAAUAUCCAUGAGAUUUCAGGAAUAUCACAUUCAGCAGAAUGAAGCCCUGGCAGCCAAAGCAGGCCUCUUAGGCCAACCACGGUAGAGAGGCCGGAGGCACGGACUUGCACUGAGAGAUUGCCAGCAGCUGUCACAGUCAGAACAAGGAUUUGUCUGGUGGAGAAUCCCCUGACACAGCAGGCACCGUGGUACAUCAUCUGUCAUGACUACCUGGCCAACGGAAACCACGGGAGAAAAAUCACUGUUCACCAGAAAGAGUCAAAACAGAAGGCCUUUCUGUGCAGUAGAAAUGGUAAGAUGCAGUGUUGUUGAGGCCUUAAGAUUCGUCUGCGUGGUCACCAUGAUUGCAAAAAUAAACCACUGUUCUUUUCUUUGUGACUGUUAAUUUUAAAAGCAAAAUAUGUGUCCAAUCAUGUAUGAGAUAGAAAAAAUUUAUUACUAAAAGUAAAAUAAGUGAAAAUAUCA